AUGUCUCUUAUUGGUAAGAUCGCCUUGGUCGUUGUGGUCAUCCUGGCCAUCCAGUACGCGGAAGCUUCCGUCCAUCACCGUCACCACAAGAAUGGAGAUCGCUAUGAUGAUCGUAUCAUUCUCAGAUCCGGGGAGAACGCUCCAAACUACCACCUCCAUGGACAUAUCACCUGCAACGGAAACGGUGUCCGCUAUGCCCGUCCAUACCUCCACUCGCCACUCUUCCCAAAACUCAUCAUCAACUUGUACGCCACCGGUGCCGACGGAGAAUACCGCUUGUCGACCGGAACCAUUUACGACUUGAGAGGAAGCUUGGAGUUGAUGGUUCGUCACACCUGCAGAAUCGAGGGAUUGCCACCAAGCUCCAACUGCGCCGUGCCAUACUACACCACCAACAUCCCAAUCGACAUUUCCAGUGGCAAGAUCAUGAUGGAGAAGGAAAUCGAGCUCUUCGAUAUGAAGCAGUACUCCACCGCCGACUGCCUGUACUAA